AUGUCGACAUUCGACUCCCAUGACACUCCUCAGAGUCGCCGGCUGGACCAUCUUGUCCUUGUCCACCAGCCCUGUGAUGGGAACCCUAAAGAGAGCAGUCCUUUCAUCAACAGCAGUGCAGGUGAUGUGGAGAAGAGCCAGCAGUAUGACGGCAAGAACAUGGCUCUUUUUGAGGAGGAGAUGGACACCAGCCCAAUGGUCUCCUCUCUGCUCAGCAGUCUGGCCAACUACUCCAACCUGCCCACAGGCAGCAAAGAGCAUGAAGAAGCUGAGAAUAAUGAAGAGGGGGCACGUCCGUCCAAAAAGCCCAUCAAGGCACCACAGCUUGGGACCCUCAUGGGUGUCUACCUGCCCUGUAUCCAGAAUAUUUUUGGGGUGAUCCUCUUCCUGCGGAUGACCUGGAUGGUGGGCAUUGGAGGGGUCUUCGGCUCUUUUAUUAUCGUCUUUAUGUGUUGCUCCACGACCAUGCUGACAGCCAUCUCUAUGAGUGCCAUUGCAACAAAUGGAGUUGUGCCAGCUGGAGGUUCAUAUUACAUGAUCUCCCGUUCCCUGGGCCCUGAGUUUGGUGGCGCCGUUGGGAUCUGUUUCUAUCUGGGGACCACUUUUGCGGGUGCCAUGUACAUUCUUGGCUGCAUUGAAAUUCUACUGAUCUACAUUGUCCCCCAGGCAGCCAUCUUCAAGAUUGAAGGUCUGGAAGGGCCCGAGGCAGAGGCAGCUCUGCUCAACAACAUGCGGGUGUACGGCACCAUUGUGCUGAGCUUAAUGGCACUGGUUGUGUUUGUGGGGGUGAAAUAUGUCAAUAAGCUGGCUCUCGCAUUCUUGGCCUGUGUCAUCCUCUCCAUCCUGGCUGUUUAUGCCGGGGUCAUCAAGACCGCCCUCGACCCCCCUGUCUUCCCGGUCUGCCUCCUGGGAAAUCGAACCCUUAUGUCUAAAGGGUAUGACUUGUGUGCCAAGGUGAUCGAAAAGGACAACGACACAGUCACCACUAAGCUGUGGAGGAAUUUCUGUGAUUCUGAGUUCCUGAAUGCCACUUGCGAUGAAUACUUCACCAACAACAAUGUCACAGAUAUACAGGGCAUCCCAGGGGUCACCAGCGGCAUCCUGGCAGAGAACCUGUUUGGUUACUAUCUCGACAAAGGAAUGAUCUUGGAGAAGCGAGGAAUUCCAUCCGUAGUCGAUCCGGACAGUCCAAUCACCAGCUCCAACCGCUACGUCUUGGCUGAUAUCACCAGCUUCUUUACACUGCUGGUUGGGAUCUACUUCCCCUCUGUCACUGGUAUUAUGGCAGGCUCCAACCGAUCUGGGGACCUGCGUGAUGCCCAGAAGUCCAUCCCCAUCGGCACCAUUGCUGCCAUCACGACCACAUCUACUGUGUACAUGUCGUGUGUGGUGCUGUUUGGGGCCUGUAUAGAAGGGGUGGUACUAAGAGACAAGUUUGGUGAAGGGGUGAAUGGGAACUUAGUCAUUGGUACGCUGGCAUGGCCAUCUCCAUGGGUCAUUGUGUUUGGCUCCUUCUUCUCCACCUGCGGGGCCGGCCUUCAGAGUUUGACUGGAGCACCACGUCUCCUGCAGGCCAUUUCUCGAGACGGCAUCAUCCCUUUCCUAAGGGUGUUUGGACAUGGUAAAGCCAAUGGAGAGCCCACCUGGGCCCUCCUUCUCACAGCUAGCAUCUGUGAGAUUGGCAUCAUCAUCGCCUCCCUGGAUGCUGUGGCACCCAUCCUGUCCAUGUUCUUCUUGAUGUGCUACAUGUUUGUCAACCUCGCCUGUGCACUGCAGACAUUGCUAAGAACACCAAACUGGAGGCCCCGCUUCAAAUUCUACCACUGGGCUCUCUCCUUCCUGGGCAUGAGCCUUUGUCUGUCGCUCAUGUUCAUCUGCUCUUGGUACUACGCCAUUGUUGCCAUGGGGAUUGCAUCCUGCAUCUACAAAUACAUUGAGUUCUGUGGAGCUGAAAAGGAGUGGGGCGACGGGAUACGCGGCAUCUCUCUCAGUGCCGCUCGCUUUGCCCUCAUGAGGCUGGAGGAGGGACCACCGCACACCAAGAACUGGAGGCCUCAGAUCCUAGUCCUGGUGAGCGUAGACGCCGAGCAGAACGUCGAGCAGCCUCGUCUGUUGUCCCUCACCAACCAACUAAAGGCAGGAAAAGGCCUGACCAUUGUUGGCACCGCAGUGGAGGGAACCUUCCUCAACAGCUAUGGCGAGGCCCAGCGGGCAGACCAGUCUUUGCGUAAGCUGAUGGAGACAGAGAAGGUGAAGGGCUUCUCCCAGGUGGUCAUCUCCUCCAAUCUGAGAGAUGGCACAUCCCACCUCAUCCAGGUGGGAGGACUGGGUGGCCUCAAACACAACACUGUACUGAUCAGCUGGCCCCGCAACUGGAAACGGGCCGAGGACCAUCAGCGCUGUAGGAAUUUUAUUGAGGUGGUAAGAGAGACGACUGUGGCCAGCCUGGCCUUGCUGGUUCCUAAGAACAUUGCAAGCUACCCAUCCAAUGGAGAGCGCUUCACUGAAGGCCACAUAGACGUUUGGUGGAUCGUCCAUGAUGGAGGCAUGCUGAUGCUCCUGCCCUUCCUGCUGCGCCAGCACAAGGUGUGGAGGAAAUGCAAGAUGCGCAUUUUCACUGUGGCACAGAUGGACGACAACAGCAUCCAGAUGAAGAAAGACCUGAUCACCUUCCUCUAUCACUUGCGCAUUGACGCCGAGGUGGAGGUAGUGGAGAUGCUCGACGGUGACGUCUCGGCCUACACCUAUGAAAAGACUUUGGUGAUGGAGCAACGCUCGCAGAUCCUCAAACAAAUGCAUCUGACCAAGAAUGAGAUGGAGAGAGAGAUCCAGAGUAUUACAGAUUUCUCCCGGGGCUCCAUCCGCCGUAAAAACCCGCCCACCCUGCGCUCUCAGCAGAGCACUGAGGAGGGAGCAAGUGUGGCGGAGAAACCAGAAGAAGAGGCUGUUGCUGUCUCCCACCCAAAACAGGUCCAGCUGAUUCAUAGUAAGAAUGCUGCCCCCACCCCCACCAGCCCCACGUCACCCACUGCCCCUGCAGGGGACACCUCCAGCCUUGACGUCGAGGUGCAGAGGACCUGGACAGACAACAAAGGCACAGAUAAGGGGAAGAAUCAGGCGGCGGCAACAGCGACGGCACACACAGAGGCGGGCAAAGACAUCUUCAACAUGAAGCCAGAAUGGGAAAAUUUGAACCAGUCCAAUUUGAGGCGCAUGCACACAGCGCUACGACUGAAUGAGGUCAUUGUGAAGAAGUCCAAGGAGGCAAAACUGGUUCUACUCAACAUGCCUGGACCACCGAAGAACCGCAUGGGCGAUGAGAACUAUAUGGAGUUCCUUGAGGUCCUCACUGAAGGACUGAAUCGAGUCCUACUGGUGCGCGGAGGAGGACGUGAGGUCAUCACCAUCUACUCCUGA